AGCCCUUGGCUCAACCUGACCCAGUGGGUAUUGCAAAGGCCAAGAUGCCGAUCACUGCGGAGCAGUUUGCUCUGACCCUCGAAAACAUGACGAGGGCCUGGGAGGCACUUCCGGAAGAGCACAGGCUGCCCAAGGAUGAAGAGAAGUCCUUCUACGAUGAUUGCCAGCAAACGUGUGAAGAGAUGAUUGCGCGAUGGCACUCCGGCGAGUCCUCACAUCCGGACCGGGUAGAACUGGCGGCAGAGUACCCGGAUUCGGAGGCGGGUAGAAGAAAGCUCCAGAUGGACCUCUUCAACCCGGAGGUCAAGGACGACCCUUUCGUCCAGGCUGCUGACCUGAAGCUGCGGCUCAUCAAGUACACCGGGCCCAAAAAGCACGUGAGUGCUCAUGUGUGAAGCCCGGGUGUGCCCGGCGCACCUGGGGGAGUGAGUCGACGGAAGCCAUGCGGCCACGCGGGACACACAAUCGAUGGUUUCUUUUUUCUUAAUGUGUUGUGUUUGCC